AAAAAAGGUGGGUUCUCUCAAGAAAAAAAGUAACUGGAGGUGGGAGGCCGGAGACGGAGAGGGGAAAGAGAGCGACAGAAGGGCGACCAUGGCGGCGGUGGAUCUGUCGAAGCUGGUCAAGGAGAAGCGGUUCUGGGCAGCCUCCUUCCUCAUCGCGUGGGCGGCCGCGCUGCAGGGGCACAUGAUGUGGUUGAAGCGGCAGGACGCCUUCAAGGACAAGUUCGGCGACCCCGAAGCCCCCAACAAGGUCACAGAGCAGGGGCACCAGCAGCCGCCGGCCGGCGAGCAGGGGGAGCUCACCGCCGACGCCGAGAUCAGAUAGGUAUCUGGGUAGAUGGAUGAGUAGGAGAUCCCUCUUUUAUUUUGCCCUUUUUACCUUGACCGGUCGAUCACCAGGGGCGCGUCUAUCUCUGUGUAAUUAGUACUAGUUCUUGCAGUGCAAGCUUGCUCACAUAAAUAAUGUUGGGAGUUGUUAUAAUACCUGCUGUCUCUCUGAAGGUAGGAAAUUGCUGCUGUUCAUCACGGCUAAUUAGAGCAUCUCUUAAUCUUGUGAACAUCAAAUUAUCAUCAUCCCAAAGCUGCUCUGCUUUAGCCUCCUCA